GACUGGAAUUGUUCCAGCUAAAUAUUUUUAAAGAUUUGGGAGCAGCGAAGUAUUUUGAAGGUUAUUUAUUUUGCCGUCUUGCGUUUAUUAUUGAGGAAAUCACAUGGCAGCUUGCCGGCUCACAUGAUUUGGACAUGGAGACGGAGAUUAAUGAAGGUGAUGUUCCUCCCUAUUACCGAAAGGUGUAUGAAGCUAUUUGCUGUAAACAUGAGGAUUACGUACGGAGAAGUGAUUUUCAUAAACUGUUGAACAGGACUGAGCUGCCACCUCUUGUACAGAGUCAGAUUGCUGAGAUUGUAGAAUCCAAGGAAGAGUCCAUCACAAAGUCAGCCCUGUACAGAGCUUUGGUGUUGAUUGCUCUAGCUCAGCAGGGAAAGCAGCCUUCUCCAAAACUACUAGAGAAUAUCACACAAGAAUAUCCAAAACCUCGGUUGGGUGAGCUAGAGUCAAUCCGGAUGCAGACUCACGGGAAUCCGAUUCUCCUGUCAAUGACUCUGCAAGAUCUGCUGCAUGUUGACACGGUGCAGGUGGAACUAAUUCCAGAAAAGAAGGGUCUCUUUCUAAAACAUGUGGAGUAUGAACUUUCCAGCCAGAGAUUCAAGUCAUCUGUUUAUCGCCGAUAUAAUGAUUUUGUGGUGUUUCAUGAAGUGCUCCUCCAGCGGUUCCCAUAUAGAAUGGUGCCAGCAUUGCCUCCAAAAAGAAUGCUAAGAGCUGACCGUGAGUUUAUUGAAUCUCGGCGACGUGCUCUAAAGCGUUUUAUUAACCUGGUGGCUCGUCACCCAUUCUUCUCUGAAGAUGAGCUUCUCAAUAUCUUCCUGUGCUUCAAUGGUCCAGAUAUUCAAAAUAAGAUUCGCGAAUCUUUGCGAGGAGUUGGUGAUGAGUUUAUGACAUGUGAAAUUGCAACAACAGCCAAGGAACUACUUCCUCCUGAUAUUCAGGCUCAGUUUGGUGCCAGUAGAGAGCUGAUUCGAAACAUCUAUAACAGCUUCCAUAAGCUAAGAGACCGAGCAGAGAGAAUGGCAAACAGAUCUGCUGAGAAUGCCACCGAUCUCCUGCUGUUUGGGAAGGAGCUGAGUAUCUUAGGCUCUGACACAACGCCAGUUCCAUCAUGGGCAUCAGCAGCAAGCAACACAUGGAGUACCCUGAAGCAAGCCCUUAAAGGCUUAUCUGUGGAGUUUGCAUUACUUGCUGACAAAGCUGCACAACAGGGGAAACGAGAAGAGGAGGAAGUGGUCGAAAAACUCAACCUCUUUCUGGAUUUAUUGCAGUCCUACAAGGAUUUGUGUGAACGUCAUGAGAAAGGUGUCCUUCAUGAGCACCAACGAGCAUUGCAGAAAUACAGCUCCAUGAAACGGCAGAUGAUGAGUGUAACUGUGCAAAACAAGGAGCAGAUUUCUGUGGAGCAACUGGAGUCACGGAUUGUACAGCAAGAGAAUACAAUCUUGACCAUGGAGCUUCGGAACUAUUUCUCGAUGUAUUGCCUGCACCAGGAGACUCAACUCAUCCAUGUCUACCUACACAUCAUCUCCCAUGUGCUGACUGCUUUCAUUGAUUCGCAGAUUCAAGGGCACCGAGAGAUGAGUGAAGUGUGGAAUGAUUUGAAGCCGAAGCUGGGAGGUCUUCUGCCCAAUGGAAUGCCAUCACCACCUCUGUCCCCAGGGAAUUUGCAGACACCAACCUCCAUUUUACCCACAGUGAAUUGAGAUGUUUCCUUUAUUUCUGAUGACUGGUGUUUUUUUUUCUUCAUUCUCUAUAAAAGAUUCCAUAUUUGUUCCUUAAAAAAGGACAUUAUCUGCAGUAUGGUUUAAAAGUUUUCACUAAAUAACAGCUACACAAAGUUAGCAAACAGAAAGCCAUACCAUUUGCAUUGGUCCACCUACUGCUGCUUGUGCAGGGAUAUUGGGCUGUUGAAAUAAGUGUCUUCCCCCUUGAUGAUCUCUGGCAAUGUUGAUGUAUGGCCAUCAUUUGAUAUAAUUAGGAGCAUCACUGCAUUGAAUUAAUCAAUGAACUGCAUCAGUGGGGACAGAGAACAGCGCCCCCUCCAAAAUAGAAUCCAGACUACCCUGAGCUAUUUUAUUGUACCUACCUGGUAACUUUUAAUUGCCUGCAUAUAAACAAUGAUUAUAUUGUUGGAUGUUACUCCUUUUGCUGCUGGGAACAAUUGCAUUACAUUGUCCGAUCUUCUUGAAAGGCAAUGCUGCUUAAUCCUGAAAGGUUGGGAGAUACCUGAUGAAGCAAACAAAAGUUUGAUUCUCAGGCUGUGGUGAGGCAGAACCGAUCCUAUUGCUUGCUUUUUAACUGUGUAUUCAAUUCCAUUCCUUUCCCUUUGAACUAAAAAAAGCCGAAGGACCUGAUUAGUGAUGCCAUUUGUUUUGGACUUAGUUGAAGCUGAUGGGAGCCAUAUUUUAAAAUGGAUUGUUUAGGAUUUGGAGAUCUUCCACCAGAUUCUAAUCUGUGCAGUGUGGAGCAUUCACUUUGACCCUAAUUCACCAUGGCUUUAAAGAUGUAUUGGAAAUUGUUUGAUGUGGACUUAUAAUGACUUUGGAAUGAAUAUGCUCAAAGUUUUGAUUGUAACUUCCUGUUGCAUUAACUGUCUGACUUGACUUGUCUUAAGUAUUUUAUGAAGUACAACAAAAAGACUAACCUUGUUUGUGAACAAGGUAGUGAUGUAUUUGUACGUGGUUUUACUGCGACAUUCAGCUUAAUUUCUUCACACCUUGAUAUGCAGGGAGGUUCUGAUCUGUAGAAGGUCAAAUUAGUUGACUACAGAUUAUGUAUAUAAUUCUACUCCUUGCCAAAUUGGAUUUGUAUUUGAACUUUGUAUAUAGAUUUUCACUUCAGUGCUGUAAACUGGAAGCUCAGUUGUUUAACAGUCGUGCUUGAAAUACUUUUGGACCAUGUUGAGUGUUUUGGACUGAGGCAGAUGUUCUGGCCUCUUAAAACAACAGGAAAUUCCAACAUACUCAGGGAUCUGAAAUCCUUUAAGGUUUUGGGAUGUUUCCUGAGGAAUUCUUCUUCUUAAAAAGAAAUAAUUUGAAGGGCUUUUGAAAUGGGCAUAGCAAGGUUUACAUCUGAGAACAGAAAUUGCUAGAAAUUUUAGCUUAUUGACAUUUUAAAAAUGGAAACGCACUAGAUAACAUUGAGUAUAGACUUUAUCCAAAGGCAGUAAAGUUCACCACCUGGGCUGUUAACCAGUCUCCAUAAAUCAUUGUAUUGUAGCCACCUGAAAUGCAAUAAUUGGGGUACUAUGUUAUCUACGAUGUAAUGUCAGAAUUGUUUACAAGGUGCUAAUUUGAUGGGGUCACUGAAAUGAUGAGAUUAUUUCAUGUCGAUUAUCAGUGACCUGUAAACCCCACCUCCCUCUACAUGCCGGAAAGAUGUCACCUUUUCCUUGCAUGUUGCAGUACAAGACAAAAAUACAUGAAAAAUGGAAUAAGCAUCAAAAUAAUGGGUUUCUCAAACAUUCAGAAUAUUCCUGAAACCACUCCCCUCACCCUGCCUAUUCAAUUUUCAAAGGAAUUAGAAUCAGAAGUAGUCAUAAGGUUCCUUUUUUGCAUUCUCCAGUCUGAGAGGUUUUAACAUGUAAAUGAUCUAGCUGUUGACCAUUAAUACAAGUUACAAGCAUGUUUCUCCAAUAACUUUAAUAAGAAUUGUACAGGCUGUGUACAAUGAGUUUAUUCCACAAUUCUACAGCACUUGCUGGUGAAAAUUACUUGCUCCUCAGUGCUAUACUAACUUACCGGCGUCCAGCUGACCAUUUUAAUAUGGGUGAUAGCAAUAGGAGGUGAAGUAUUUCUGGGAAAUUUUAUUUUGUAAAUGGGGAAACUCCUUUAUCUUUGUCACGCUAUAUAAAAGUACUGUUGACUUGUAAAAGUCCCCUCGCUCUAACUUUGAGGAAGAGCAUCUUACUCAGUAUAACUGUAAACAAAAAAUCAUUUUGUUGCUGUUUGUGUGCAGUUUGGCUGCUACAUUAUGCAAUAAUUGCACUUGCAAAACAAAAAGAAAAAAAUGCCUGCGUAGAGUUUCAGACAUUCUGCAGUAAAAAUCCCUACGAAUGCAACUUUUUACACAGACCAAAAUAACUCAAUGAAAGUUUCUCCAUUGCUGAUGGGAAAGAGCUCUUCUGCAAACAUCCUUUUAGCAGCUUUCACUACUUUUACUGUGAUUGUGUUGCUGAUUCAAAAGCUUGGCAUAGGCGAAAGGGAUCUUGACAUGCUAAGUAUUAAGCCGCAGAAAGCUCCCCUUCAAAUUGAUUAAAACUUUUACUUUUUGUACUCUUGUGCUCAGAGCAAUUUCUUGAUUAUUAAGGAGCCUGGAAUGCUGACGUGUCAAAUUCAGUUUAUGUAUUUCCACCCAACUAUAGCAGAAUGGCUUUGAGAUUGUGCACAAUGAGUGAUCCUUUUGUCACCACAUCAAUAGCUGCUCCGUAAAAGGAGUAAACAUCCUACUUUUGAGGAAACUGAUGGGAGGUGCCAGGAAUGUGAUAUUGGAGGAGUAGUCUUGAAUAGAAUCCCUGUGUUGGGGAGAGGCCUCAGUCCCCUUACCAUAAUGUGUUGACAUGUUCAAUUGAAAUGAGGUCUGUUUGAGCCAAAAUCCAGUAAUACAUUUGUCAUAAAUGUUUUCUUCACGUGUGGGACAGUUGGGGUCGGAUUCACAACUAUAAUUUUGUGUCAAAGCUUGAUUACUGAAGUUUGUUUGCUGUUGCACUACAUUAACAGUUCACUGAGUAUUUGAAGAAUCUGUGGACUACAGCAAAUUGUGACUGAAACCAACAAUACGAGGGUGAUUUCUCGAAGUUAAAUAAUGUAAAUUGUAUGCAAAAUUAAUUCAUUAUUUUCUGUUGUCUCCAUGUAUGAUUUAAUGGGAGGAAUUACAUAGUCAUCACCUGACUGAGAGAAAUGACUCAGUCGUAUCCACAGUCCCUGUUAAUUAAGGCUGUACAGUGCUAUUAAGAUUGAGCAACAUAGCCCUCUCCCUUGUGAUUUAGAUGACACCAGUUGUCUUUUCAUCUAUGGAACCUGGAUUCAAGUCCAUUCUGGUUUUGCCUAUGUGACUUCUAUCUAUUCUCAGGACUGAAUUUAAAUGUAAAUUUAAGACUGGGACAGUCGACAGUACCUGCUGUUUCUCAUUACUCUGCUCAGUCAAAAAGCUCCCCCUUCAGUCCCUCAUGCUCUGUUCAGUUACAAAUGCUACAGAUUGACCUGUCUCGUUUGAGAUAUUACAGAACUGGGUGUUUGAAAUUGAAACCUCCCACUGAAACAGCUGGGUUUUUAUAUAGUUGGAACUGAUGUAACUUAUUUUGGGCAGAGACCAGCGGGGAGUACCUAAUGUACCUAAGUCCAAAACACCUUCACAGUGGAUGAGUUUUCUCAUUUUGGCUGGUUAAAGGUGAAUAUUUUAAAUAGCAAGAAAUAACAUGGAAAUGGAAAUGAAUUUAUGCUCUUUAAAGGAUUACCUCAGAUGUAACUAAUCAGAUUGGUUGAAAAUCUGUCAAUUGUGUUACCACUUUGCAAAAGAGGUAAUACCCAAAAUGUGUUUUCUGAGCAAUAUGCAACGUUAUAUGAUUUUGAAAACUAUCGUGAGUUGGGAGCUAUGGCUGAUUUCAUCUUGUUCUUGCUGUCAGUUUUUCUUGAUGCAGUUAAAACUUUUGGGGUGUGAGGAAGGAAGGAUUGGUGAGUUAGGAAAUUGUUUUGUGGGAGAUGUUUACAGUGAAGAGUGUUGAAAUUAAUGUGGCUAAUCUAGAGAGCUAAGUGUUGAUCAUCUACAAUUACAUAUACUAUCUCUGCUCAAGUCAGUUGGAAGGAGAUUAACAUUUGCACUUUAUUGAAUAAUGUUCAUGUUAAAAUCCUCAGAUUAUAUUCAGAAUAUGAAGCAAAUACAAUGAUUUACAAUAUAUAUUUACUAUGUAUAAAACUGUCACAAUAAAUUAUAUAAACUUC